AUGGCGAAUCCUUCGUUUAAUUACCAAUUCAGAUUCAUUUUGAUUGGAGACAGCACCGUUGGGAAAUCAUCACUCCUUCAAUAUUUCUAUGAGGGUAAAAUUGCAUCGAUUCCCGAGCCAACUGUUGGGGUCGACUACUUUUCACGGAAUAUUUUAUUGACAGAUGGAACAGUUAUUAAGCUACGACUAUGGGAUACAGCUGGUCAGGAAAAGUUCAAAUCAAUUACGCGUUCAUAUUAUCGCAAUGCUGUAGGUGCACUUCUAAUAUUCGAUAUUACAAAUCGGGAUUCUUUCGAGCAUAUCAUGGGCUGGUAUGAAGAUGCAGCAAAUAAUAUGAAGUGUCAGCCUCCUAUGUUUAUUUUAUGUGGACAGAAAACUGAUUUGGAAAAUCUUCGACAGGUCACAAAAAUGGAGGCCGAAGUGCUUGCAGAGAAUUUGGGGGUUCCUUACAUUGAAACUUCUGCCCUCCAUGGCGUUAACGUUGAAGAAGCAUUCAAAAUCCUCGCCGAAGCUGUCUACGAGCAAAUGAAUGCCGGAGCUUUUAGAAAUCUCGGCACGGUGAGUGGUUGGGACGGUAUCAAAGAGGGCUAUGGAAUUCCCCCACAGACCAACCGUGUCAACCUAGCAGAUGACAGGCCAAAUCAAUCGCCAUCGUGUUGUUAA